ACAUGGCUGCCACCAUAGAAUGUGGGGAAGAUAGAAGUACUUUAGAUAGCACCAUGUCUUUAAAGAAAGUUUUGUCUACAGCUUCCGCUCUUACUCUUAAAAUUGUUGCUGAAUGUCCAGUGACCAAAGCAAGAGCCUGUGAUCUUACACUUCCGCACUGCACCGUUAGCACGCCCGUUUUUAUGCCCGUUGGUACACAAGGGACCCUGAAGGGGAUCACUUCUGAUCAACUGGAGAGUCUUGGAUGUCAAAUUUGUCUGGGAAACACGUAUCACCUUGGCAUGAGGCCGGGACCUGAUCUGAUAGAGAAAGCCAAUGGUUUACACGGGUUUAUGAACUGGAAGAGAAAUCUUUUGACAGACAGUGGAGGCUUUCAGAUGGUGUCUCUUGUUGAACUCUCAGAGGUCACAGAAGAAGGAGUCAAAUUCAAAUCUCCUUAUGACGGCAAAGAGAUCUUAUUAAGUCCUGAAAAAUCCAUCAGCAUACAGAACAGUUUAGGGUCAGACAUUAUGAUGCAGCUGGACGAUGUUGUCAGCAGUACUGUGAAGGGACCACGGGUGGAGGAAGCCAUGCACAGAUCCAUUCGUUGGCUGGAUCGCUGCAUUGCAGCCAAUAAAAAUCCAGAUAAACAAAAUCUUUUUGCUAUAAUCCAGGGAGGACUGGACGCAACGCUGCGCAUGGCCUGUCUAAAAGAAAUGACGCAGCGGGAUGUUCCUGGUUUUGCCAUUGGAGGUUUGAGUGGAGGAGAGGAGAAAGACGACUUCUGGCGGAUGGUCACGCUGAGCACUGACCACCUACCACGAGAAAAACCUCGCUACUUGAUGGGUGUCGGGUACGCUGUGGACUUGGUGGUGUGUGUUGCUUUAGGAUGUGAUAUGUUCGACUGUGUCUUCCCAACCCGCACUGCAAGGUUUGGCUCUGCCUUAGUGCCUUGGGGAUCUCUCCAGGUGAAACAAAAGCAGUAUGCUAAGGAUUUCCAACCCAUAGAUCCUGACUGUCAGUGUCCAACCUGCAAGAGACAUAGUCGAGCUUACCUGCAUGCUUUGUUUAAGAGUGACACCGCUGCCAUGCAUCACGUCACCAUCCACAAUAUUGCUUACCAGCUCACCCUGAUGCGCUCUGUGAGGCAGAGCAUCGUGGAGGGCCGAUUCCCGGAGUUCAUUCGGACGUUCAUGAAGCGAAUGUUUCCCUCUCGGGAUCAGUACCCCAGCUGGGCGGUGGAGGCUUUGGCGUCGGUCAACGUGACUUUGGAUUAAAACUCUGAAGCCAGCAGUGGAGAAAACUAUUGCGCAAAGAUGA